ACAAACGAAUAAUUUGCGUACAAUUUGACUAAUUACAUACUUGAAGGAUUCUUGAUUCUGUUUUCUAAUUAGCAAAGAAAAUUUGUUUGUUCAAAUAACUCAAUGUGGAAAGUUGGAAAAAAGAUUAUUAAAACUUUAUAAAAAAGUUACAUUAUAGAAUUUUAAAAUUUCUGGUUAUAUAUUCGUGCCUAGUAAUGUCCGUGUCAAUGUUAUUCGCAAAAAUGAGUGAUUCAGGUGACUUUGAACAUUUAUAGAAUAAGUGGAAACGGGACGAAGGAAAGAGUUCAACUUUUUAAUAGGUCGAAAAUUGCCUAUUGGAAAAGCAGUGUACACAUAGAGCAACAUACAAAGCAUACCAAUAGUAUACAACAAAGAGCAUUGUACGCCAUUUUGAAUAAUUGGCCCUUUGCUUAACAAUUUGUUUAAUUUUAUUUGUGAACAAUUAAAAUAUCCGUAGUGCCGUAAUUCAAACAUAAUUAUAUAAUAUACCUAUAUACAAAAAUAUAUGUGUGGAUUGGUCUACAUAUAAAUAGAAUAAAGACAUUUCGUUGCUCAAAGUGUAAUGUUUACUAAGCAGUGUGAUCACAUUAAAUUGUAUAACACAAAAGUAAAGCGCGUUAUUGUUAAAAAGAGACUAAUUGUUCAUCCAUCUACGAUGUUUAAAAACACGUUCAUAUGUGAAAAUUCGAUUACGGCAAUGAUAGUAUACAUAAAUCAGCCAUUGGUAAACGCAUUCAGAGCCCGAAUUACUAGCAUACCGGCGAGAAUAAGAGUUUGUGUUUAGAUUGACCAUUGCAAAGUCAUUGCGUGAGUCGCCAGCGUAAUUAGGCUUAUAAGUUAUAUGCAUCGUUAAACUAAAAGAUUUUAAAACGGUAUAUAAAUCGUGAAGCCUUCAGGAUCCAAACAAAUUCAUUUGAUACUACAAAAUAGAAACGGCCACAAACACCAUUGAUAUAACUUGCAGCUGAGGGAAACACAAGAUCUUUGCAAAAUGAAACUGCUGGAAAGCUCGCGUUUUGAGGCAAUUAAUAAUGCACUGUCUAUACAAACUGGAGGAAGUACGAUUUUUGGUCGUAUUGAGAGCUAUUCAUGCAAAAUGGUAGCCGCAGAUAAAGCUCUCUAUAAAAGAUUCACCGCUGACACACACGGUGUUGGGCCACAUGAUUUACAGGCGCUUUCACCACCACAAACUUUGGCGGAUCUUUCACCAAACUUCCACCGAAAUAACAGCCAAUCUGGAGAUGAAGGAAUAAUACUUUGCGAUACAAUUUCGCGCAAGACACUUUUUUACUUGAUCGCAACUUUGAAUGCUUCAUUUGAACCAGAUUAUGAUUUUUCUGAUGCAAAGUCUCAUGAAUUUAGCAAAGAGCCUUCACUACAGUGGGUUAUGAAUUCGGUUCAUUCAAAUUUGUCGGCUUUAGCUGGGGAUCAGUACCAAGUGUUGCGUCAACCGUUAUGGACUGCUGUGGAUGAUGAAAUUAACCUAUCUGAUUGUGACAUUUAUAGCUACAAUCCCGACUUAAGUUCUGAUCCGUUUGGAGAGCCUGGUUGUUUGUGGUCUUUCAAUUACUUCUUUUAUAAUAAAAAGUUGAAACGCAUCGUCUUCUUCACAUGCCGCGCAGUAAAUUCAAUUUAUGCUGGGGAAACAUCCGAUUUUUCCAUGGAAGACGAUGUCUAUUAAAUUCUAUGCGAAAUUGGUGCACUAUAAAAUAGAAUUAACAUACGGUACCAUCAGUUUAAAUAACCCAAUAUAUAAAGCUAUGAACCGAAUAAUUAGAAACACUACGUGUUAGCUGGAAAUAAUAUAAAAAUACUUCUCAAUUGCUUUAUCUCUUAAAAAGGUUAGAACAAAAAAAAAAUAGAUAAUCACAUAUCGGGUCUUUGAGAACCAUUUGAUAUGCGUAUUCAGAUCCUGGAAGGUUAAUAAAACAUUGUAUUUCGAUAUCGUAUCUUUUAAAGUAUAUUUCUUGGCAUAAAGGCAGGUGAGAGCUGCGAUGUGAGAAUUUGUGCCUUUAAAUAUACACGAUGCCAAUAGUUUAGUUUAAACCAUUGAAAUCAAAAUGUAUAUUCAAGUAUUUCAACAAGAUGAAAUUAAUUUUUUUUUUUUUGAUUGGACAAAAUCCCAGAUAGAUAUUAGAGAAAAUCUAAUUUUUAUUGAAUUUUCUAAUAUUGAAACACUAUAAUUGUUGUUCAGAAAAAGCGUAACUUUGAAGUUUAAACUCGUGUAAUGCAAUGCAAAUUAAUGUAUUGACAAGCAAAUAAAAUUUGCUAUGGAUUUUUAAAGGUAAAAUUUUAGUUUUUGGAUCCACGUAUAGAUGAUAGCGGGGAGUUGCUGAAGGAAGGGGCGAGUUCUCCCAAAUUUAAGAAUUCCAGCUGCGGGAUUCAUAUAGCUUUGAACGAUUUGUUAUAAUUUGAAAAAUUGAAAAAAAAAAAUUUGAUACGCUCCUCUAAUAUAGAACUGUACUUAAGACGAGAUUUUUACUAAGUAUAUAGAUAUACUAGUGAGAACUCCCCCUUCCUCCUAUACCCUUACUGUCGUUUACGUUGGUCCAUUAACUAAGUCUCGCCCUUUUUAAAGGUAUUGUCCUUUUAGCAAUAAGAUUAUAUAUUAUAUUUUCUAAUAUUACUCUUAAACAUAAGAAAUACCAUCGUUUCAAACAUGCGUUUUAAGUCUUUAUAAUUCAAUAUCCACUUUGAACUCAGACAAAUAUGUAAUUCUAGUAUUUAAAAAUAAAAAAUAAUAAAAAGCAGACUUGAAUAAAUUGCA